AUGUCGGGGACAACGAUAGAUGAUGUCGUGAAGCGGCUAAGCAGCGCGGACAUUGAUACCAAGUCCAAGGUAGAAGCUGCCACUACUCUCCGCGACUCCCUAGACCACUACACAAAUGGUCCCAUAUACCCUCCUUUCCUCAAGAGGUUGAUGCCCAUCUUCCUCAACAUCUUGCGUGGACCCUGCAUCUUCCAGAGCAACUCACCAGAGCAGAAAUUGCGAAAUUGUAUCCUGGAGGUCCUUCACAGAUUGCCCAGCGCGCCAUCGCCCGCCGAGCCACUCGAGCCGUACGCCGUCGAACUCGCCGAAUUGCUCAUGCAACUGGUGCGCACCGACAAUGAAGAUAACGCGACACUAUGCGUUAAGAUCACAUCCGAUAUUAUGCGUCAUCAGCACAAGGCGUUGACCGGCAAGGUUCAGCAGUUCCUGUCUCUAAUACAGGAGCUGUUUGAGCAAAUGGACAAGGUCGUCCGUGAGCAGCUGGACAAUGGUGCUGCUCCGCCUGCUGCUGGCGGUGCACCUUCAACACCUGGUGGCUCACAGAACUUCCAGUCGCCUCGACCAGCCUCUCCCGUUGCAUCCGUAACAGAGCUCGGCGCCGACCCUCAGCAACAGAAUCGCCCGCUGCUCAAGGGAAUGCAGUCCUUCAAAGUUCUUUCAGAGUGUCCGAUUAUUGUGGUAUCGAUAUUCCAGGUGUACCGCAAUACAGUCCAGCAAAACGUGAGGGCUUUUGUACCGCUCAUCAAGUCAGCACUGCAGCUCCAAGCCAGCGCACAGAAGCAAGCGCAUGCCGAUGCCGCCAGCAAGGGCAAAAUUCACACUGGUGUCAGCCCUGCAAUCAAGAAUCGUGCGGCCUUCGGCGACUUUAUCACUGCUCAGGUGAAGACUAUGAGCUUCUUGGCGUACUUGCUUAGAGCGCACUCCUCGCAACUUACUGACUUCCUGCCGAGCUUGCCUGACAUCGUCGUGCGACUAUUAAAGGACUGCCCUAAGGAGAAGUCCGCCACGAGGAAGGAGCUUUUGAUUGCAAUCCGGCACAUAAUCAACUAUAACUGCCGCAAAAUCUUUCUGCCCAAAAUUGACGAGCUCCUUGACGAGCGCACAUUGACCGGUGAUGGACUGACAGUCUACGAGACGAUGCGGCCCCUUGCCUACAGCAUGCUUGCAGAUCUGAUACACCAUGUACGAGACUCCCUGAGUCCGGAACAGAUCCGUAAGACAGUCGAGGUCUACACGAGGAACUUGCAGGACCCGUUCCCCGGUACUAGCUUCCAGACCAUGAGUGCGAAGCUUCUGCUCAACAUGGCCGAGUGUAUCGCGAAACUACCUAACAAGGUUGACGCUCGCCACUAUCUCAUGAUGAUUCUCAACGCCAUCGGGGACAAGUUUGCUUCUAUGAAUCGCCAGUACCCAAACGCCGUGAAGCUGUCGAUGCUUUAUCAUCAGCAGCAGGAGAGCAGUGCCAGCGCGCCGGAGACAUAUCUUGCCGACAGAGAGAACCCCCCGGACUGGGAUGAAGUCGACAUCUUCUCCGCAAUGCCCAUUAAGACCUCACACCCGCGCGACAGAGGCUCUGACCCUGUGGUCGACAACAAGUUUCUUUUCAAAAACCUCAUGAACGGGCUGAAGAACACCUUCUACCAGCUGCGAACAUGCAACGUUGGGACACCGAUUGACCCGGCGAACGCGCCCUCACAUUGGCAAGAAGUCGCAUACGGCUUCACUGCGGAAGAGGUCAAUGUUAUCGUUAAGCUCUUCCGCGAGGGCGCCUACGUAUUCCGAUACUAUGAAAUUGAAAAGCCGGCGAUUGAAUCGCAGUACUCUUCACCCGUUGAGCAAAUGGCAAAUUUCUACAUGAUCUCCAGCUCCAAGGAGGAGAAGGACCUGCUCGAAACCUUCGCCACUGUGUUCCACUGCAUUGACCCGGCCACCUUCCAUGAAGUCUUUCAGCAGGAGAUCCCACACCUCUACGACAUGAUAUUCGAACAUACAUCACUGCUGCAUAUACCCCAGUUUUUCUUAGCCAGCGAAGCGACUUCUCCCAGUUUUUGUGGCAUGUUAUUGCAGUUCCUCAUGGAGCGAAUUGACGAAGUUGGUUCAGCUGAUGUCAAGAAAGCCUCCAUCUUGAUUCGUCUCUUUAAGCUGGCCUUUAUGGCCGUCACGCUGUUUGCCGGCCAAAACGAGCAAGUACUCCUUCCGCACGUGGUCAACAUUGUUACCAAGUCGAUUGAGCUUUCGACAAAGGCUGAGGAGCCUAUCAACUACUUUCUUCUGCUGCGUGCACUAUUUCGCAGCAUUGGUGGUGGCAAGUUUGAGCAGCUCUACAAGCAGAUCCUGCCGCUACUAGAAAUGCUGCUCGAUGUUCUGAACAACUUGCUCAUGGCGGCACGUAAGCCGGCUGAGAGGGAUCUUUAUGUUGAGCUGUGUCUCACCGUUCCUGCGCGACUCAGUCAUCUGCUGCCCCAUCUGAGAUUCUUGAUGCGGCCGCUGGUGGUUGCCCUUCGCGCUGGCACGGAUUUGGUUGGUCAAGGUCUUCGGACAUUGGAGCUUUGUGUUGACAACUUGACCACCGAUUACCUCGAUCCCAUCAUGGCCCCUGUUAUUGAUGAACUCAUGACUGCGCUAUUUGACCAUCUGCGACCGCAUCCUUACAAUCACUUCCAUGCGCACACCACUAUGCGUAUUCUAGGCAAACUUGGAGGGCGAAAUCGUAAAUUUAUGACUGCGGCGGUGCCUCUGACCUACCAGACAUACGCAGACGAUUCGGCAAGCUUCGACGUCCGCUUAAUUGGCUCCAAGUAUGACAGAGCAUUCCCUGCGGACCUGGGCAUCGAUUUUGCGAUCCAGAAACUCAUGGAGGUUGUGAAGAACGGCAAAGGCAACCAAACUAAGCAAUACGAGGAGUACUACAAGGGCCAGGCGUUGCACUUUAUCAAGACACAGCUGAAACUUCGCAUUGGCUACGACCAGUUACCAGAAGACUUGCCGCGUAUUGUUCGGCUGCAGGCGCAAGACCUGCUUGGCCGCAAGCUCGAUAUCAAUUUUGCACCUUUUGAGAUGUCAAGUCGCGACAAAUCCAUCCCGAAAAAAGAUGAGCAAGACGAAAUUACAAAGCGCCUGCUCAAGGCAGUUAUGUUCGCAUAUUCUAUACCUGAAUUUAAAGCGAAGGCCGCCGCUUUCAUGCAAGAUAUCUGCAGACACUUUUCGCUUAUCGAGAUUGGAAGGUCGCUGGUCGACUUGAAACGCAACACCAGCCCGUUCGACCCCAAAGCUGGCGAGGGGCCGCUCUUCAUCGAUACACGGGUACUGUCCGAUGCGAUUGUCGAGUCACUGGCGUCUGAUCACCCUGACGUCCGCGAAGCAGCUCAGAAUGCCAUCCGCGAUCUCUUCCAGUGUACUGCUAUCGUGUUCGGCUCUGCGGACAACGUAGGUCGCCUGCCUUUGUUUAGCCACCUCAGCAGCACUUUCUGUCACAGCUGCUACGAGGAGGAAUGGUUUACCAAGGCUGGUGGCAGUCUCGGUAUCAACUUCCUCCUCACGGAGCUUGAUUUUGGCGAUCAAUGGGUCGCCACCAAGCAGAUGGAAUUCAUCCGAUCGCUCAUGUAUGUCAUCAAGGACAUGCCCCCUGAUCUGCCUGAGAAGACGCGAUGCCUUGCCCAAAGCAGCCUGCAAGUACUCCUCGCCCGCAUCACCAAAAAUAUCAAGAAAGAAGAUGCCCUGCCUGUUCAGCCACAACACGGGCAGCCCUUGGUCAAGCAGCCUCGCCUUGCGCAAAUCUGCAUGCAGUUUAACAACGAGUUGUUCCACAUGAACAAGUUUGUGCGCGAGACUGCGAGAGAGUCUCUGGAGCUUAUUGCCAAGGCUGCUAGCUGCGAAGUCUGGGAACUGGUUGAGCCUUACAAGGACAGAUUCUUGCAACCGAUCUAUGCAAAGCCGCUCCGCGCUCUACCCUUCGCUAUUCAGAUUGGAUAUAUCAAUGCCAUGACCUACCACAUGAGUCUGAAGAGCGAUUGGGUCAAGUUUGACGAAAACCUAAAUCGACUGCUCAUGGAGUCUCUUGCUCUGGCAGACGCGAGUGACGAAUCAUUGGCCAACAAGCCAGCUGAGUAUCGCACCCAUGAGCACAUUGUCAACUUGCGCAUCUCUUGCAUUAAGCUGCUGAGCACGGCCAUGGCUUUUGAAGACUUUGCGAAUGCCCCUACGAAAGGCAAGAUUCUAUCUGUUUUCUUCAAGUGCCUAUACUCAGACUCCAAACCUACCAUUGCUGCAGCCAACGAUGCCCUGAAGUCAAUCUUGCUCGUUGAUAGAAGAUUACCUAAAGAUCUGCUCCAGGGAGGCCUUCGUCCUGUUCUGCAAAGUCUCUCUGACCCGAAGAAGCUCAACGUCAACGGACUUGAGAACUUGUCCCGUUUGCUGAAGCUGCUUACCAGCUACUUCAAGGUAGAAAUUGGAGUGCGCUUACUGGAUCAAGUGGAUUCCAUCGUGGAACCCAGCGCCUGGCAGCAGAUUUCCUUUACCUUCUUUGAGCAGAAUCCUCAGAUGAGAGUCAUUGCAGCGAUUCUGCACAUUUUCCAUCUCCUGCCUGCUCAGGCUGAAGCCUUCAAGGAUAGACUCAUUGAUUGCCUACUCACGCUUGAGGAUCGUCUCAGACGAACACAUCAGAGUCCAUUCAGAGCGCCUAUGUACCUGUACCUGAACAGAUACGCCAAGGAGGUCUGGGGCUAUUUAGUUAGCAAGAUGGAUGAGCUCAAGUACGGCAGACUUCUUGCCCAGGUACUUUUGAGUCCGGAGAGCGGCCCGAUGCGCGAGGUUGCAGCGGCGGAGUUUGAGAAUCUACAGAAGAAAUGCAAUGAGAUUGUUGGCCGGAACGACGAGAAGAAGUUCACCGCCAUGGUCAACACCAUUCAUGUGCUGCACUCGCUGUCUCAGUUCCCAGAUGCGUGCGGAUGGAUGGACAAGAAAGAGCAUCUGGUCUGGCUGAAGAGAAUGGGCAAGGAUCUUGAGAGCCACCUGCGGAGCUACACCUGUCCGGCUGCGAUGCGCCUUCCUGCUCACCAGGCAGCAGAACAGCUCAUGGAUGUUCUGGUCAAGUCCCUGGAACGAUCUCCAAAGGACCUGGACUCGCUAUUCAGUCUCAUUGAGCACGUCACAGCGGAGGAGCUUCGGUCAACCCAAGCACUCUACUCCUUCAUCUACAGCCAUGUCAUUUCCAGCGACUCAAUCGAUUUCUGGAAGACGACAGUUCUUCGAUGCUUGGAUGCGUACUCUGCCAGAAGCGGAUCUAACAAGACAAAAUACUUCUUGCUUCACAACAUUGUCAACCCAAUUGUUGCGAUGGACGUCAUGAGACGCUGGAAUCAACAUGAGCAGGACAAGUCGCAGCGUUUCAUGGACAAGUCUGUCAUUGAUGCCGUGAGCUCCAAGAUCUGGAAGGUUCACCCAGACAUGGCGUCGGACGAUGCUGCUGGUAUUGACCACACUAGAUUUGAGGUGCUCCAACUCUCGGCGAUGCUUGUCAAGUAUUAUCACAGCACUUUGCAAGAAGCUCGCAAAGACAUCAUCAAGUUCGGCUGGACAUUCAUCCGCCUCGAAGACAUCAUCAACAAACAUGCCGCCUACGUCGUCAUCGGUUACUUCAUCGCACACUACGAAACGCCUACUAAGAUUGUGAAUCAAGUGUACUUGUCUCUGUUGAAGACGAACCAGAACGAGGGACGUGCCUUGGUGACGCAGGCCCUCGAGCUGAUCGCCCCGGUGUUGCCAAAGCGCUGUGCCACUCUGCCGACGGAGAAGUUCCCUGCUUGGCAAGUUGCGCCUCGCCGUAUCCUGGCUGACGAGGGACACAAUGUUCAGCAGAUGAUGAGCAUCUUCCAGUUUCUGGUCAAGCAUCCGGAUUUGUUCUAUGAAGCACGUGAUAAGUAUACCGUUCUUCUUAUUUCUUCUCUGCGCAAGGUUGCCGCGCCUCCAAACCCGUCUCACGAGCACAAGAAGCUGGCCCUCAACAUGAUGUGGCUAGUUUGGACCUGGGAGCAGUGGCGCGUUGAAGGGAGAAGCACUGCCGGGUCGCUUUCGCCCGUGUCCAAAAAGCGCAAGCUCGACAGCAAUGAUCAGCCCGUAGCUUCGCCUAUACUUGCAAAGGCCACGCCUGAGUAUCUCAUCCCGCCUGGGUUCCGACAGAAGAUGCUCAAGUUCCUGGUCGAGUUCAUCGCUCAGCUCAAUGAGCGUUACGUGUUGCCUUCUGCCAAGCCACGGGAGCCGACGCCAACGACAAUGCCCGUGCCGCAGACAUCUACGGAGCUUUGCAAGAAGGCAAUGUCACUGCUUCACAACUUGGUUCAGCCCCAGUACUGGGGUGACCUAGAGCUGGACUUGUUCCCCAACGUCACUGAUGUGAUGCUCGCCAGUGAGAAGACGCAGUCCAUCCUCAACGCCGAUCCAUCCGAUAAGGAAAAGUACGACGACAAGUUCCUGACCAGCAUCAUCAACACUCUGCAGGUUGUCCGCAUCCUGCUGAAUGCAAAGUCAGACGAAUGGAUCCAGAAGAACAUUCCUGCUGUGCAGAAGGUUUUGGAGAAGUGUCUCAAGUCUGAAAAUCCUGAAAUUCAAGACUGCUUGCAUCUCCAAGACAAGAAAUACGACAAUGGCCGUGAGUUGAAGUCCACCAUCAAGCGGUUUUUGGACGCAGUUCCAGAAGAUACUCCCAUGGAGGACGCCGAUGCCGACGGCGAGCCCGAAGCACCGACUUCUGAGAUAAUUGCAUAUCUAUCACAAAUUGCAACGGAGCAGAUGAACAAUGCCUCUUACUUUUCUGGCGUCAACAUUCUGUGGUCUCUAGAGGAUCGCAAGCCUGCCGUCAUUGACCAGCACAUCCCUUCUCUGAUGAAGGCUCUUCAAAGCAAACAUGCUCGAGAACAUGUUCAGCACUACAACGCCCUGGCAAGCAAUUCUAACGGGGCCCAACGGCCCCCCGAUGCCCUUGCUGUCACUGGCGAGCUUCCCGCGUACGAGCUAGAAUUGCAGACGCGAUUGAUGAUCAAAGAAAUCCAGGUCGUUGCGCUCAGAAUGGAGACGUUGGGAGAUAAUCGACGUCCUUUCCUCAGCGUCUUGGCGACCUUGGUCGAAAAGUCGCUGCACAUUGACUUGUGCACAGAGAUCCUGAACAUGGUCGAGAGCUGGGUAUUCCGAGUUGAAGGAACGUGGCCGACACUUAAGGAGAAAACCGCCGUUCUUCAUAAGAUGCUUUGCUUUGAGCAUAGACAGGACCCUACAAUGCUGUCCAAGUUUCUGGAGCUGGUGAUCAAGAUCUACGAAGACCCCAGAAUCACGAGAACCGAGCUCACCGUGCGCAUGGAGCACGCUUUCCUCAUAGGAACUAGAGCCGCUGAUGUCGAGAUGCGCAAUCGCUUCAUGGCCAUCUUUGACAAGAGCCUCUCUAAGACUGCUAGUGUGCGCCUGUCCUACAUUUUGACCGCACAGAAUUGGGACACGCUUGCCGAUUCUUACUGGCUUGCGCAGGCCUCGCAGCUGCUUUUUGGAGCCGUCGAGAUGAACACGGCCCUCCAGCUACACUCGGACGAUUACCGGGUUCUCUCGACAUCACAGCUUGCUGCUGUCUAUCCGAAGGACUCGACUCGUGAGUCCGCUUCUAUGGCCGAUGACAAGUUUGACGACCUGAUGUCGAGACACCGCCGUUUCAUCCACGAGCUGGGCGAGGUCAAAGUGAGGGAUGUCAUUGAGCCGUUGGUGCAGCUGCAGCACGCCGACAACCAGCUUGCUCACCAACUUUGGCUGGCCUUGUUCCCCAUGUUCUGGACAGCCACGGCUCGUGAUGAGCGACCUGACCUGGAGCGAGGAAUCGUCGCGCUGCUGACUAAGGACUACCACAGCCGCCAGAUCGACAAGCGACCCAACGUGGUCCAAUCUCUUGUCGAAGGAGCUGGCAAAGCUGCGCCAGAGUGCAGGCUCCCCCCUCACGUGCUCAAGUUCGAGGCCAAGACGUAUGAUGCCUGGUAUGCGGCACUCGUACAGCUAGAAAAUGCUGCCAUCAAGCCCAUGGGCGACUCGGCCCUUGUCAGGGAAAGCAAUCUCGAUGCCCUGGUUGACCUGUACGCGUCCUUGCAGGAAGAAGACCUGUUCUACGGCACGUGGCGGCGACGAUGCCAGUUUGUCGAGACGAACGCUGGUCUUUCUUACGAACAGAAUGGAAUGUGGGACAAGGCACAGAAGCUGUACGAGAAUGCGCAAGUCAAGGCCCGGACCGGUGUGAUUCCCUUCACCCAGGCCGAGUACAUGCUUUGGGAGGACCACUGGGUGCUGUGCGCGCAGAAGCUGCAGCAGUGGGAGAUUUUGCAGGACUUUGCCAAGCAUGAGAACUUCCAGGACUUGCUGCUCGAAUGUGCCUGGCGAAACACGGAGAUGUGGCAAGAAGAGCAGCAUCGCGAAGCACUCGACAACAUCAUCAAGGGUGUCAUGGAUGCCCCUACGCCUCGUCGCGCUUGCUUUCAGGCCUUCAUGGCCUUGCUCAAGUUCCAUAACCAACCUCAGGCGGAGAGUCAAAGCGAGUUUGUCCGUGUCUGCGACGAGGCCAUUCAGCUGUCGAUUCGCAAGUGGCAUCAGCUGCCUGAGCGGUUGACUAAUGCCCAUGUCCCCUUGCUGCAAAACUUCCAGCAGCUUGUUGAGAUGCACGACGCCAGCGUCAUCUGCCAGAGCCUGGCAUCCACCAAUGCUUCGAAUCUCGAUGUCAAGUCUGGGGAGCUGAAGCUUCUUCUGGGCGCCUGGCGCGACCGUCUUCCCAACGUCUGGGACGACAUCACUGCCUGGCAGGACCUGGUCACAUGGCGACAGCACAUCUUUGGCCUCAUCAAUCAAACGUACCUGCAACUGCUACCCCAGCAGGGAGGCCAAAACGGCGGAGGCGCAUCCUCCUUUGCUUACCGCGGCUACCACGAGACUGCCUGGAUAAUCAACAGAUUUGCUCACGUCGCUCGCAAGCAUAAUCUGCCCGACGUCUGCAUCAGCCAGCUGAGCCGCAUCUAUACUCUGCCUAACAUUGAGAUUCAAGAGGCCUUCUUGAAGCUUCGCGAGCAAGCCAAGUGCCACUAUGAGAACUCAGAGGAACUAAACAGUGGGUUGGAUGUGAUUAACAAUACGAACCUCAGCUACUUCAAUCCUCAGCAAAAGGCGGAAUUCUACACCCUGAAAGGCAUGUUUCAAGAAAAGCUCAAGCACAAGGACGAAGCCGACGCCGCAUACGGAACCGCCCUGUUCUACGACAUUGGUGCAGCAAAGGCAUGGGCUGAAUGGGGCCAUUUCAACGACCGCAAGUUCAAGGAAAAUCCAGCCGAUCUCAAUUCUGCUCGUCAAGCCCUCACCUCGUACCUGCAAGCCGCAGGCAGCUACAAGAGUGCCAAAUCUCGCAAGCUUCUCGCUCGCAUCCUGUGGCUGCUGAGCCUUGACGAUGCUAGGGGUACCAUUGCCAUGGGCUUUGACGACUUUAAGGGCGAAACCCCCGUUUGGUACUGGAUCACGUAUAUCCCGCAGCUCCUGACUGGGCUUGGCUACAAGGAAGCGCCGCGCGUCUACCAAAUUCUUCUCAGCAUCGCCAAGUCUUACCCUCAGGCCCUCUACUUCCAGCUCCGCACAAGCCGAGAGGACAUGAACACCAUCCGAAAGAACCAGGAAGCCAAGGAGAAGGCACGCCAGCGCCAGCAGUCAAUGGCGAACAACAAGGCCAACGCUUCGCCUUCCGUGCCCAAGUCUGACGUUCCAAAACCCGACCAGACAUCCCGUCCGGGCACAGCCAACAACGGAGACGCGGCUGUCAAGACGGAGGGCGACGCCGCCGCUGCGGCAGCUACUCCCUCCGCUUCGGUUGCAGCGUCUACUCCUACUCCCGGACCUGAUGCCAAGACGCCGGCCCAAGGAGCCCCGGCCCAGGGAGCCCCGGCCCAAGAAGCCCCGGCGACGCGGGCUGCCCACAACGGCAAGAAGCCGCCUUGGGAGCUCAACGAGGAAAUUAUGUCAGUCCUCAAGACAGCGUUUCCUCUUCUGGCCCUGUCAAUGGAGACCAUGGUGGACCAGAUCCAAAAGCACUUCAAGUGUCCACCCGACGAGGAUGCGUAUCGAUUGAUCGUGGCGCUUCUCAACGAUGCCUUGACAUUCGUUAGCAGGACUCCUCCAUCAUUUGCUCGAAGUGUCAAGCUGCCGUCGGCGACGGAAACCAACAUUACCAGGUUUGCCGAUACCAUCUUGCCGAGUCAUAUCAAGAAGUCGUUCGAAGCAGACUUUGUGGAUGUCAAACCGACUAUGUAUGAGUACAUCCACAAGUUACGCAGAUGGCGCACCAAGUUUGAGGACAAGUUGGAUCGCCGCAUCGGGCACACUCCGCUCGAGGCUUUCUCGCCUCACCUGAGCGAGUUCCGGUACCAGAAGUUUGAUGACGUUGAGGUGCCGGGACAAUACCUGCAGCACAAGGACAAGAACCAGGACUUUAUCCGCAUCGAGCGGUUCCUGCCGAAUGUCGACCUGGUGCGCUCAAUCAGUGCCUCGUAUCGUCGUCUCAAGAUGCGUGGCCACGAUGGCAGUGUUCACUCGUGGGCUGUUCAGCAUCCAGCCGCACGGCACUGCCGCCGUGAGGAGCGAAUCCUGCAGCUCUUCCGCCAGCUCAACCAGACGCUGGGCCGCAAGAAGGAGAGUCGACGCCGCGACCUGAAGUUUACGCUGCCGCUGAUGGUUCCUCUGGCGCCUCACAUUAGGAUUGUUCAAGAGGACACGUCGUACAUUACGCUGCACGGCAUCUACGAGGACCACUGCAGACGGAUGGGCGUGCAAAAAGACGAGCCGGUACUGUUUACGCUGGAGAAGCUGCGCGGGGUGCUUGAGAACAAGGGACAGAGCAAGCCGGAGCUCACGCCGACGGCGCGGCUCGAGGUGUUCAAUGCCAUCCAGGAGAAGUGGGUUCCGCAUACUGUCGUCUUGGACUACUUCCAACGCAUAUUCCCUCAGUUUGCCGAGUUUUGGCUGUUCCGUCGGCAGUUCUCGUAUCAGCUGUCGGCGCUCACGUUCAUGACGUACAUCUUGUUCAUGCACAACCGUUACCCUGCCAAGAUGAACAUUGCGCGCGGCUCGGGCAUCAUCUGGGGCUCGGAGCUCAUGUCGUUCAUGGGACCACAUAAGCCGUUCUUCCACAACCCGGAGCCCGUCCCGUUCCGUCUCACGCCCAACCUGCAGACGGUCAUGGGCCCGCUGGCGACGGAGGGCAUCUUUGCGUGCGCCGUGAUGGCGAUUGCGCGGUGCCUGACGGAGCCGGAGCAAGAGCUGGAGCACGCGCUGACGCUCUUCGUGCGAGAUGAGAUGAUCUUCUGGCUGACGAGCAGUCACCGCAACGGCAUCAGCGAGAGCCAGCUGCGCGAGUCGGUGCAGGUCAACAGCGACUCGAUUGUGAAGCGCGCGGCGAGCCUGGCGCACAACCCGUCGGGCAACUUGCCGGCCAACCAGACGGUGAUUGAUGCCAUUGCGCAGGCGGUCAACCCGAUGAACCUGGCGCAGUGCGAUGUUCUCUGGAUGCCGUAUCUGUAG